AUGGGCCGAUCUGAAAGCUUAGAUGACCCGGCAUAUGCACCGCCAAACCAAGCACACCGUAACCGGUCGCGAUUUUUGGCGUGUCGCCAAGGCAAGCGUGAGCUUGAGUCAUAUGUACAAGAGUUGAGAACUCUUAUUGCUGUCAUGGUCAUAGACCCUAUUCCUGGGACAGUGACCGUCACGGUCUUCAUGGAGGGCCUCCGAGUCGGCGUUGCCAGAACGGAAGUCUUCCGGGUAAACCCGCCCUCAUUUGAGGAAACUUUUGGAGUGGUAUGGAAUGCCGAGACCAACUUUAAGGCCGCAAGGCCUGCACUUAUAACUACUCGUCUGAUGGGUCUGUUUCCAUGGACUGUAGUCAAGUGUUGGAUGAAGAAGCUGAGCUUCAAGCUGCGGAGCAGCAAAUUGUGCGCAGAUGUUAUAUCUGCAAGAGCACAGGCCAUUUGA